CUCCUUGACCCGAUUGCUUCGCUGUACAAUUCAAUUUUGUCCAAUCCCUCGAAUAAAAUAAACAUAAAGUGUCAAGAAUCUGGAACAAACAUAAACCAAUUGAAAACAAUCACACAACUCUCAGCAUCUUCUUCUCUAAUCUUGAGCAGAAGGAUUCGAUCACCGCCAAGGGAGAAAUUACCAACAAGAUGUGCUGCGAUGGCGAUUGUCGCCCACUGGGCUUCCUGCUUGGCUUGCCUUUUGCUUUCCUUUCUCUUCUCCUCUCCAUCGUCGGCGUACUUGUCUGGAUUGUCGGAUUGAUGCUUACUUGCAUAUGUCCCUGUUGUUUGUGCUUGACGGUGAUAGUGGAGCUCGCCUUGGAGCUGAUCAAAGCCCCGAUUCACGUCAUGGAGUGGUUCACUUCCCAAAUUCCAUGUUGAUUGUUCAUAUUUUUCGACGAGGAAAGUGGUGAAGCAUUAUAGUUUGUAAUUAAUUAUCUUGUUUCUGUAAAAUUUGCAUCUGAUAUGAACACUUAGUAUGGGUUUUCCCCGUCGCUGAUUGAUUCUGUUCGUCUUUUCAUGAAUUUUUUUUGUUAGUCUCAGUGAAAUAGGCUUCCACUCGAUUGUUUACUGCCUUAUGAAUAAAUCAAUAUAGAAUCGGAGUUCUCUCUUUUACAUAA